ACAAGUAGUUAUUGUGACACUUAACAGCUGAUGGGCCCCUCUAAUGUAACCACUGUUAAAAAUUAUAAAUAAAAUGGAACAGAAUGGGGCCCCGAAAUCAGAUAACAAUGUUUAUAACAAUAAAAUUAUUAUAAUUGGCGCCGGCAUGGCUGGUCUGUCGGCAGCUUACCAUUUAACCAAAAAUAAUUUUACUGAUUUUAAAAUUUUGGAAGCUCGCGGUAGGGUAGGUGGAAGAAUUGUGCAAAUUCCUGUUGGCACUGAAAAAGUGGAACUUGGAGCUAACUGGAUACAUGGAGUUUUAGGUAACCCUGUCUAUGAAUUGGCCAUGCAAAAUGGUUUGGUAGACAUUAUGGCAUAUCCAAAGCCCCACAAGUUAGUGGCAGCCACUGAGCAGGGAAAACAGAUACCAUUUUCCUUACUAUGUGAAGUUUAUGAAGCUUAUCUAUGCUUUUUAAAACGUUGCGAAGAGUAUUUUAUUUCUCAGUAUUCACCUCCUGAGGGUAUCGAUAGUGUGGGUGACCACUUAAGAUUAGAAAUAAGUUUGUAUUUAGAUAAAAUUAAGGAUGAUCAAGAAAGACAUUUACGAGAAUUGAUUUUUGAAUGUUUGUUGAAGAGAGAGACUUGUAUUUCAGGCUGUGAUGAUAUGAAUGAAGUUGAUUUGUUAGAAUUGGGGAGUUAUGAAGAGUUACAAGGAGGCAAUAUUGUGUUACCAAAUGGAUACAGCUCAAUUUUAGAGCCGUUAAAGAAUGCUAUACCAGAAGACAACCUGUUGGUGAGGCAUCCUGUGAAAACUAUAAAGUGGUUAGGGAAAAGGAGUUCCAAAUCUACCUCAAACACUGAAGACAGUGAUUCGGAUGAUUCAGACAGAACUGUUAUUGAAUCCUUACCAAAUUCUAAUGACUCUAGUCGUGAAUCAAGUUGUGAAAAAUCUUUAGGCCCCAAAUCUAAAGUAGAGGUAAUCUGUGAUAAUGGCAAGAAAUUCUUAGGUGAGCAUCUCAUUUGUACAAUACCGUUAGGAGUUCUUAAGCAUACUGCUACGACUUUGUUUCAACCACCUUUGCCUGAAUAUAAGCUAGAAGCAAUAGAUAGGUUACUUUUUGGAACUGUAGAUAAAAUAAUACUAGAAUAUGAUAGGCCGUUUCUUCAUCCCAGCAUCACUGAAGUAUUACUACUGUGGGAAGCAGAACCAGAAAAGAAUAGUGACAUUCAGGAAGAUUGGUAUAAGAAAAUAUACUCGUUUAUGAAAAUAUCAGAAACCGUAAUUUUAGGAUGGAUUUCUGGAAAAGAGGCUGAAUACAUGGAAACUUUACCAAAUGAUGUUAUUAUAGAAACUUGUACAAAAGUAUUAAGAAAAUUUCUUAACGAUCCUUUUAUACCCAAACCAAAAAGUUGUUUAUGUACCAGUUGGCACAGUCAACCCUACACGAGGGGUUCUUACACAUCAAUAGGCGUAGGAGCAUCACAAAUAGAUAUAGAAUAUCUAGCACAACCCAUUUAUGACGAAAAUGACAAAGAGCCUGUGCUUUUGUUUGCCGGUGAACACACGCACAGCAGCUUCUAUUCGACUGUUCACGGGGCCUACUUAAGCGGCAGAACUGUUGCACAAAUCCUUAUGACAACUGACAAUUCAGAAGAAAUCGUCGUCGAUUGUGGAGACGCCACGGACUUGAGUUCGUGGGUGCAAGGGAUUUGCCUAGAGUGAAAUUGCCUUAAAACAUUUCGUAAUUGUUUAUUUUGAAACGGUUGUUCUGUAGGAAAGCCGAGUGGUACUGAAGCGUAAGAUUCAAGUAAUUUUGGUAGAUUUUUUGAUUUGAAAGUAGAGCUACUGAUAAACAACGAUUUGUAUUAAGCGGUAUAGUCAAACGAAAGCCUUGAAAAGUUAAAUGCCAAAAGCUACCAUAAGCAGGUUCUUCGUUAAAUGAAAGAAUCCUCGCUUCUCUCAGAACUUAUUAGUAGUUAGUGUCUCAGUAUCUAUCUGCUAACUGCAGGAAUAUUUUGAUUGGUAUAUUUAUAUACUAAUAUAAUAUAAAUGGACGGCAGUAGGUUGUUGCAGAUGUUGUUCUACAGUAAAUUACGUUCUUAAAACUUUUUCAGCUUCACAAGCAUUGUUAACUUCACAUAUUUCACCUUACAAAAUCUUCCUCAUGAGAGAAAUUUUAAAUUAUCUAUUUACAUGUGCAAACAAUUUGUAACACUUCUUGUUAAUGUCGCUGUUAUUGCAGUAGUAUUCAAACCAUUUCCUCAAGUUCUUAAACUGGGAUAUUCUUCGUCUUCCCACACUUCUCUUUCCUCGAAUUUUGCCUUGCAUCACAUAAGUAAAGUACUCAAGUUGUUGUCUUUUAAUAGUUAAUAUUAUUUCCGCUUCAUAUCCUAUUUUUCUAUCCUUCCUGAAUAGCUAGACACUCACUUUAUUACUUUACAGUUGGUGAUCUCUUUUAGGUGGUUUCUUCUACAUAUAACAGAAUCGAUCUAAUUUUCCCUGCCACUGCAGAGUCAAUCACAAUGUUUUCCUCAUCAUUUCUUAUUCCCAUCCCUCAACUUACACUUUCUAUUCCCUCUCUUGUUCUACCAAUAUGCCCAUUUAAAUCACCUCUAAUAAAACACUUUUCAUAUAUACAGGAAAGUGGUACAGAUAUAUAAUAAUUACAUACUUACGGUGUCCUACAAGUAAUUAAAAAAAAAUAGUAAAUUCAAUUUUUAAAGUAAGUCUGGCUAGUCUUCCACAAUUAUGAUUUUUGUAUAUCCGAAAAUUAUGGAUAUAAUUAUCUUCGGUUUAAUAAAGGCAGUCAUAGUCCUUUUCAGAAUAAUUUUUUCUUUUGCUUUGACUUAUUGAAAAAGGCAGCCAGGCAUAUACUUUUAAGGGUUUUAUUUGAUUAUCCCCUGUACUAUUUUUUGUAUAGUAAUUUUUUUCAACUAAAUUAUUAAUAAUCUUGAAAAUGCUGCUGGAUAUCUUGUUUCAUAUAACAUAACCGAGUUUUUGGAUUAUGCGUAUAGGCUUCUAGAGAAAUUGAUAUACUUUGUUAAAAUAAUAGAUAAAUUAACAUAGUUGAAGAAAAAUAAAUACUUUACCUAUAUUUAGGUAUUCAAAUCAGAAAUUGUCAGCAAAAUCAGAAAAAAAAUUCAGUUGAUUUUUUUAGAUUAAUGCCUCAACAACUAAUGGCCGAUUAGUAGUUUAAUAAAGUUAUUUGAUCAAUAAAUCUGACAGCUCUGCAUUUCACCAACGGCAAAAAAGACAUAUUUUAUUGAAGUUGUACUUCUUUACGAUCGAGAGUGAAAUUUUAUAAUGCCGGGCGCAUGCGCACACAGACAGUAUGUAUUUCGUUGCUAAUCUUUCAAGAUAUGUAUGUAUCAGCGCAAAUGUCAUAUUAUAUCAUAUAAAAGGAUAUAUUAGUGUUCUUAGUAAAUUUAUUAUUUAUUAUAAUUUUUGUGUCUUUGUAUUUGUCUUCCUCGGGAAUAAGAUAUUUUAUAAUAAUAGUAAGUAUAUUUGACGACCCUAGAGGAAAAGGUGUAUAAGUGACAUUUUUGUAAAUAUUGAGAUAAAUGCACUUCUGAACUGGAAAUAUUUCAUUCUAUUUGGAGGUAAAGAGAUCUAAGCGAUAAAUCGUAACAGGUGCUGCUUUCUAGCGACAAGUUACUUAACCUCCAAGCCAACUAUGAGUAGGGCUUGGAGGAGAAGAGAUACGAGUGCGCUUGUACCCCUGUUCCACUGUGUCAGACUGUUAGUUGAGUUUGUUAUUAUUUCGGAUGGGUUGUGGAAUAGCUCUUCUAAAGCAAUUUUACUUUGUCAUUAAAGUAUUACUUUAUUGUAAACUGCAGUGUUUUACGUUAUUAUUAACUACAGUGCUUUUAAGAAGAGUUCGUGCUGUUUGUUUGAAGCUUUGAACGAGAUGGAUGUACGUAUCCUAAAAAUUGAAGGUAAGUUAAGGAAUACUGUUUGCUCCUACUGUUUAAAAUAGUUGACAAUAAAUAAGUGAGCACCUUUUCAUACGUAAGUGUUUUUAUUUAGCUCUGCAAGUAAAAAAUGUAACACACUUGUUAUUGGCUGAGUGUACACUUGUUAUUAAGAUCGCUAUUUAAGUAAAUUUGCAACUUUUUUAUUGAAAGUAAAAUAUUUAAGAAAUUUGAAAAUAGCAAUGAAUGUAAUGUUUUCAUUUUUUUGUAGAUCCAGCAGAUGAUCCGGAAGAAGAAGAUGGGAAUGCAGAGCCAGUGAUAGAGCAUUUACCUGCUAAUGCGUUUCCACCACCAAAGCAGGCUGGCAAGAAAAGGAUUCGGAGGCCAGAUGUAUGGAAAAAAAGCUUACAUGGACCAAAAGCACAAUAUUCAUGGAGCUAAAAAGUUACGAGAACUUCAAAAUCAUCAUUGUAGGUAUAAAUGUACCAAUAUUAUUUCACAAGAACAAAGACUUUCAAUUUGUAAAGAGUAUUGGUCAUUGGGUAACUGGAAUCUCCAAACAGCUUUUCUAAAUGAAUCCAUACAAAUUGAGCCUGUAAAAAAAAUCUAAAUGCAGUUAGCAACAAAGAGGUGUCAUGUGUUUUUAAUCUGGGAGGAUUUAGAGUAUGUAAAGAGUUUAUAAUUAAAACUCUUGAUGUCUCCAACAAACGUUUAUAAAAUGUAGUUGAAAGCAAAAAUAGUCUCCUCGGGCGAGACAUGCAUAAAUAAAAGAGGAAAAAAUUCACCCUCAAACAAAAUUUCUGAAAGGGCAAUUGAAAUCAUAAAAGAACAUAUUAAUAAGUUCCCUAAGUACACAAGCCACUACACUAGAAAUAAGACUCCGAAUAGGAGGUAUCUUCCUCAGGAGUGUAAUUUGAAAAUAAUGUAUAAACUUUAUUGUGAUUUCUGUAAGGAGGAAAAACAAGAAGAACCUGUAAAGGAAAGCUUUUACAGAAAUAUUUUUAAUACUCAUUUCAACCUUAGUUUCAAAAGGCCAAGUACAGACACCUGUGACAAAUGUGACAAAUUUCAGAUAAAAAUAAAUCACUGUUCGGCAGAAGAAAAAGAUUUAGCUCAGAGAGAAAAAGACUUACACUUGCGUAAGGCGGAAGCCGCCAGAAUAGCAAAAGAAGAGUGUCAUGACCUAAAGGAUCUAGCAAAGUUGCGUUCAUCUUCGACUUACAAAAAACUAUGCCAACUCCCAAUGUGUCAACGUCUAAAGCAUACUAUCUAAGGCAACUGUGGACGUAUAACUUAGGGGUCCAUAACCUAUAGAAUGGAACGACCCACUUCAUUAUGUGGCACGAAGGUCAGGCGUCACGUGGAUGUCAGGAAAUAUCAUCUUGUCUCCUAAAAUAUAUCGGAAGCCUUUCCCCAUCUAUAAAACACAUAACUACAUUUAGAGACAAUUGUGGAGGCCAAAACAAUAGUCAUCUGACAGUCAAAUUUUGGCUCUACAUUGUCAGAAACACUAAUAUUCAAACAGUGGAUCAUCGAUUUUUUAAAAGUGGCCAUUCUUAUAAUGAGUGUGACGAAAAUUUUGGUUUAAUAGAGUUAAAAAAGAAAGGAACCAAAAAGGACCUGUAUGUACCACAACAUUGGAUGGAGCUGGUAACUUCUACAAGUAGAAAGUUCUUUACAGUACAGAUGGAAAAUGGCGAUUUUUUAGAUUUUCAAACACUUGCGCCAUACUUCUAGAAAAACGUAAGUGGAAUACAGAGUAUGCAAUGGUUACAUUUUCAGUAGGACAAACCUUUAACCCUGUUUUACAAGAAAUCAGCUGGAGGUAGCAUGGAAGAGUUUAGUGAGCUAUCUAUGAAACCCACUCGAGUUGGCAAAAACACUGUCCUUCUGCCAGAUCUCUUACCAGUACCGAUUGACAGAAGGCCUCUCAUUAAGCAGGCCAAAUAUUCAAAUCUGCAACAGCUGCUUAACUACAUACCUCCAAUUUACCAUGAGUUUUUCACAAAUCUGCGACAUGAUGGUCAACAAGCUAAAGAACUUAUAAACUCAGAAGAAGCGGAAGUCGAAAAUGACGAGUUGGAACAUCAUUACGACACUGAUGCCGAUGAAUCAUAAAUCAAUUAUGUAUUAGUGUUAUGGUAAAGAAUAAAUUUGUACAAAAACUUUAUAAUCUUUUUAAAUGUUUUGCCUUUAUGUUACAAUUCUUAGAAGUAAAGGGGUACAAGUGCUACUUAGUAACAUAAAAAUGGCUCCAAAAUGAGUAAUGUUAAUAAAAUCAUGAUUUUUUGUUAUAAUUAAGAAUAAUAAUGCCUACAGUUACUAAACCGGUUAAGAAAAUCUACCAUUAAGAAAUCGUGGCAAUUAAAGUGAAAGCUGAACUUUGAACAGCGUUUACUCGAAAUUUACUUUUUGUCACUUAUACCCCUUUUCCUCUAGGGUCCUCAUUUAAAGUAUUUUUGUACACUUCACUUGGUCUAUUAAAUUUGUCAGUAUGUAUGAGAAAUCUUGUAACCUGUCAAAGCAAAAGGUAUAUAGCUCAGUGGUAGAGCGUGUGACCGGAGAUCAAGAGGUCCCGGGUUCAAAUCCCGGACGAUUCAUAUUCCUUUUUUUUUAAGUUAUACUUCUUUAGGCACGAGGGUAAAUUUUUUGUUUUACUGGGCGCAUGCGCACACCGACAGUAUGGUAUAAACGUUAUACGGGAUCUGAUUGGGUGUUAAAAUCAUCUGUCAAUAAUUGUUCAAUAUGGAGAUUUUGGAUAAACAAGUUAAUGUUGUGUAUAUUAGAAGGAGUCGCGGAAGAAGACGCAUCUCCUGGUUAAACAAUUUGAGAACUUGGUUUAAUUGCACUUCUGCUGAUCUCUUUAGAGCAGCGGUAUCAAAAGUGCGAAUUGCCGUGAUGGUUGCCAACCUUCUUAGAGGAGAUGCACAUGAAGAAGAAGAAUAUUAGUUUUUAUUGUUGUGAUGGCAGAGAAAAAAGCAAGUUUAUAUUAUUGUAGUGACUUUUUAAAUAGUUUUUUAAAAGCGACAGGUACGUAAUAAUUGUAAAUGUUUCAGUAUCCUAAUAAAAAAUUUCAUAGGUAGAUACCUACCUAUUUGGAAAAUUUAAAAAGAACCUACCAAAAUAGUAUGUAAUGCUUUGAUUUACAUAAUUUGAUUACCAUCAAAAUUUCUAUCAAUAUUCACCUAAUAUAUUGUUUUCUUACUCUAUGUUUUGUUGUAUUUUAAUAUUUCUUUCAAUUCUAAAUAAUUUCAAUUUAAAAUCAAAAGAAUUUGGUUAAAUUCAGAACCGUCAAAAGUUUAAUCCGUUUAGUUAGUUGAUCUUCGCACAUAAUGACACAUGGUCUCCGUGGGUAAAAGUUUAAGGUGAAUCAAUUUCAAUACUAACUGCGCUGAUAAGCGGGUUCGAACCCCAAUGGAAACUUUUAUUUUUUUAUUUUUUUUAUACAUUUUAUGAUUGUAAGUUUAUUUAUUAUAUAAUUUUUUUUUUUUCAGAAAAUACGUAUUUAGUUAAAAAUUUUUCCUACAUUGUUCAGAAAUCAUUUGUGGCAAUUUCCAAUGUGUUUGUUUGUGUGUGUUUUAUUCUUUUAUUAUUUUAAUUUUUGGCACUGUUUUAAUAAAAAUUUUUGAGAAGUAGUAAGUAUUAAACUUAGUUUAAUAUUUCAAUACAAUAUAAAUAAACUGCUUAAAGUAUAUUAAUUUCGUUGAAAUCGUAUAACAGAAGUAUAACUUCUUACGUGCGUACAAAGUACACACACACACACACAUUCUUUUUAUUUUAUAUUUUUGGUAUCGUUUUAAUAAAAAAAAAUUAAAAGUGGUAGGUAAAGAAAGUUAGUUUAAUAUUUAAAUAAAAUACAAAUAACCUGUUAAGUAUAUUAAUUUCGUUUAAAUCAUAAUAAUAGAAGUAUAACUUCUUACGUGCGUACAAAGUACACACACAUUCUUUUUUUUAUUUAUCAAAUAAAUAUUUACUCUUCGAAUAAAUUCACAAGUUAAUCUUACUUUAAAUAUUUCACAAAGAAAAUUCGUCAUUGAACCGUAAAUUAUCAAAAUUAUAUUGACACACAAUAAAAAUCGACUAAUAAAUUUUAUUCUACAAAUAACUAUUCAUUGAUUUAUUUGUUGUUGGUGAAACCGGCCAUUAAUUAAAUAAAUUCUUGACAUUUUUAAUAAAUAUACUUUUAAGUAUCAUUGGAUUCAUUAUCAUUAUUAUUCAGAAGGAUGCAUCCUCUGUUGGUUAUAGGCUUUCCCCGAAAAUAACCGUUCUGUCCUUUUGUAUGCGAACGAGUUCGAUAGACUUUGCAAGUCAUUAAACCCCAUCUGAUACAUUUUUAAGUGUGCCCUCUUAUCUUAUCUCUACUAUUUUUUUCUCGUGUUCCAUAUACAUAUUUGUCUACUAUCUCUAUUUGUAUUGAGCUUCGGAUUGACGUUUUAUUCUUAUGACUAGUUCACGAUUUUUUUUUCAUUUUGAAGAAAGCUGAUCUUUCCUUUUCGAUCCUCAUCUUAAUAUCUUAAUUUCCGUCGAGUGUUUCCACUGUUCUUUUUAAUUUGCACUCAAAUAGCAAAAGUUGGUGAUUUUUGAUACAGCUUGAUUCAGUGGCGUGCGGUGACUUUUUCGAAAGGGGAAGCCAUUCAAUAAGGAUAUAAAAAUAUUUUCUUAAGUGUCGAGGGUCGAGCAACUUUCCACCUGAUAACACUCUGAUGCGCAGGGGCUCUCUAUCGGCAAAGUACUUAAUUAUGUGAGACGUCCUGCGUACAAGGACUCACACACUAAAUCCGUGACGCGUGAAUGCGUGAGGCACUCUAUUCCCGCUAUUUCUAGUGACUAGUGACCUAUCAUUGAUCUGUAUUGCUAGCUCGGGCCUUGAGUCCUCGCGCCGGGCUUGGUUUUCUAAAGAAGAAUCAUAUUUAAAAAAAAAAUAUACUCCGAGGUAUUUUCCACAACACACAACUUUCACUAAAAUGACACUUAUUUAUACUCGAGGUCUAUUCUCCUAUCAACUUCUGAUAAUUGUUGAAUGCAGUCUUUUUUAAUGGAUAAUAGGGCUAACUUUCAAAGUCUGUCUUCGCUUGUUGAAUUUCUUUUAAACUCUUAAUUUGAACCUUUUAAUGCAUCUUAAUACUGCAAAACUUCGUUCAACUGAUGCACUUGUGGCUGGGAUAGUUAGUAGUACUAAUUCACACAACUUGACCACUUCACACAGCGACUUGUUUAAACCAGUAGUUAUAAAGAAAUCCCAGAUUUCUGGGUAUUUCUUUAUCAUUCAUGCCAGUUGUUUCAUACAUGAUACUUAACUGAGAAUGCAAAGCUGGGAUAUCAAAAAAUUUUCAUUAUUUAAUCGUAAUGACAUAAAUUCCUCUGUGGGAAAUUUUGAUGAAUUAUAAUUAGAAAUAUUAAGAUUAUAUAUAAUUCUACAAAUUUUAAAUCGUUAAAAUUUUGAAAGCUAGAAUGCAUUUGUUGUAGAAUAUUGUCAAAAGGUCUCUUUGUUUCCUCUGUUUUCUCUGUCUCUCUGUCUCCGAAAUUAUCAAUCUUCAUUAUUUUUCUUUCAUGUUCAAACCCCAUAUGUUCAGUUUUAUCCCAAAUAUUUUUAAACUGCUCUCGUUUUUUUAAUUAUCGUAUUAAUAAAGUCAUCAAUUUGUGUUAUACAAAAUGCAAUACCAUUUGAUUUCUGUAAAAUGUCAAAUAAAAGAUCAGUAAAAGGAAAUAUCUCUGCAAAAAAAUUUAAAUCGAAAUAUUCUUUAAGCGAAUGUAUGUAAUAACUAAGCACCCCUUAGCAGCAGUAACAGUCGGAGCAUCUCACUUUCGGGAAGGCGAUACGACGAGCGCUUCCAUGGCAUACCAAAAUUCGCGCGACUAGUGGCUGCGGUCAUUGAACCCUGACCAAUUUUAAAAGGGACAACUGCAUGACAAGCGGCGAUUUUGAGAUGCGCUUCUGCCAGGAGUGGACCAAAUAGUUGAAUUGUGUGCAUAUUGAGUUCGUUCGUACGCGAUUAAUUUUUAAUAUUUUUCAAUGCCUAUUGGCUAGGUAAUAUGUAGAUUAUUUGGAUUAGGGAAAAAAUUUUAUUAUUAAAUAUUAAUUACUAAUAUAUUUUCUUAUAUCGACGAAUAAAUAGGGAAGCGGCGCUUCCCCCGCUUCCAUGGACCGCACGCCUCUGGCUUGAUUAAAUAAUAAUUGUUCCGGUAUUAUCAUAUUUUUGUUUAUAACGAUGAAUUUUGUUUUUUUUAUGUUUAACUUAAGCUCAAGCCUACUUCUGCUACCCCCAAGACAAGCAUCUGCAGACCUUCUAGACUCUGCAAAAAUGACAGUGUCAUCAGUAUCUUAUGUUGUUCAGUCGUUCUCUAUUUAUAAACUUAUCGACAAGUGGUUUAUAGCAGAUGUAUCACACAAGAUAGGCAGAGUUAAAAAACCACUUUCGUUAAACACCAACUUUAUUUACAAUAUAUCAAUGAGAAAACCUAAUACAUAAUUAUAGUAAUAACGACCUAGCUUAACAUUGUUGCCCAUUUUAAAUAUCCAAAAGUCAAGUUUAAACAAAGAUUGACCUACUUUUGAUUAUGUUAUAUUUGCGAAACCUUUAGUCAUCGGUUUUGCAUGCAUUAGGUAUUUGUUGCAACGAAGGAUUGCCUUUCUAACCUAUUAAAAACUAAGAUAAGUUUAAACAAUCACUUUUCACGUUGCUGUCUUUGUUAAUGUAUUAUAGCAUUUAUGAAAAUUGUGUGAUUAACCAAAAUAUCUGGCAGACAUUUUUUUAGAUUAUUAGAAUCGUAUUCUUAUAUUUACGAGGCUUGUUCAAUUGAAACCCAUCUGGUCCAAAAUUUAUUGGCAAAGAUAUCUAAAAAUGCUUUUAUCAUUACAAUUAAGGGACAUAUCCCAUUGUUUCACGAACCCAUGUAUACCUUGUUUACAGCAUUCUUGUCGCUGUUUUUAGAAGAAUUCUUUUACGGCAUUUUUUACUUCUGCGUCCGACUGAAAACGAUUACCUUUUAACGCCUUCUUCAGUGGCCGAAAGUUGUGAAAAUCUCAAGGCAAUAAAUCAGGACUAUUGCGUGGAUACUCUAAUAUCCUCUAUUUCUUUCUUUGAAGAUUUUUUUUUUCAUAUUAGAACUUCACUAAUUUGGCAUCAUGAGGUUAUAGUCCAAGAGGCAGCGCUGAAAAAUCUCUUUGAAUUUACUAAAGCUACAUUUUUCACAGUUGAUUACUGUGAUUGUGUAGAGAAACAUACUCCGGUCGGUCAAGCGAAACGUAGAACAGGGGUUACUGAGAGGGUAUUAAAGUUGCUUUCCUACGAAGGUAAUUAAAUACAUUUACUAAGGCUGAAAAUCAGUACACACGUUCUAAAUUGUAAUAAAUAAAAGUUAUUAUAGUCGGUCAGCUGUAUGACGGGACAGAGCCGGUCGGUCGACCCCAAUGAAUGUUCUGGGUUAUUCACUAUAUUUUGACCCCCUUGUAAACUGCUUUAUUUACAGAAUUAGAAAAAAAUGUAAAAUACAAAAGUUAUUCGAUUUUUUAAUUAUGAUUUUUUUACCUAUAUAUCGUACUAGUAACGUCAUCCAUCUUGGCGUGAUGACGUAAUCGACUAUUUUUUUAAAAUGAGAAUAGGGGUCGUGUGCUAGCUCAUUUGAAAAGUCAUCUAUACAGUACUAAAGAUGUAAAUCAUACCUUUUAUAAUAGACCAGACAUUUAGCACAAAAUAAAUCAAUUUUUAAAUACAGCACCUAUAGUCCAAGAGGCAGGACUGAAAAAUCUCUUUGAAUUUACUAAAGCUAGAUUUUUCACGGUUGAUUACUGUGAUUGUGUAGAGAAACAUACUGCGGUCGGUCAAGCGAAACAUAGAACAGGGGUUACUGAGAGGGUAUCAAAGUUGCUUUCCUACGAAGGUAAUUCCAGUACACACAUUCUAAAUUAAAUAUAAAUAAAAAUUAUUAUAGUCGGUCAGCCGUAUGACGGGACAGAGCCGGUCGGUCAGCCCCAGUGAAUGUGCAGGGUUUUUCACUAUAUUUUGACCCCGUUGUAAACUGCUUUAUUUACAGAAUUAGAAAAAAAUGUAAAAUACAAAAGUUAUUCGAUUUUUAAAUUAUGAUUUUUUGACAUAUAUAUCGUACUAGUGACGUCAUCCAUUUGGGCGUGAUGAUCUAAUCGACUAUUUUUGUAAAUGGGAAUAAGGGUCGAGUACUAGCUCAUUUGAACGGUUAUUCAAUUCCCUAUUCAGUAAUAUAAACAUUAACAUGAUUAAUUAUACAGGGUGUCCAAAAAAAAUUUUUUUAAUUAAAUUAAUUGUUUAAUUGAUAAUUCAAAAUUUUUUUGGACCCCCUGUAUUAAUAAUGAUCUUAAUGUUUAUAGUACUGUAUAGAGAAUUGAAUAACCUUUCAAAUGAGCUAGCACACGACCCCUAUGCUCAUUUAAAAAAAUAGUCGAUUACGUCAUCACGCCCAGAUGGAUGACGUCACUAGUACGGUAUAUAUGUCAAAAAAUCAUAAUUAAAAAAUCGAAUAACUUUUGUAUUUUACAUUUUUUUCUAAUUCUGUAAAUAAAGCAGUUUACAAGGGGGUCAAAAUAUAGUGAAUAACCCUGUACAUUCAUUGAGGCCGACCGACCGGCUCUGCCCCGUCAUUCAGCUGACCGACUAUAAUAACUUUUAUUUAUAUUCAAUUUAGAAUGUGUGUACUGAUUUUCAGCUUUAGUAAAUGGAUUUAACUACCUUCCUAGGAAAGCAACUUUGAUACCCUCUCAGUAACCCCUGUUCUACGUUUCGCUUGACCGACCGCAGUAUGUUUAUCUACACAAUGACAGUAAUCAACUGUGAAAAAUCUAACUUUAGUAAAUUCAAAGAGAUUUUUCAGCGCUGCCUCUCCGUCUAUUACGCAUUAUCGUGCAGAAGAAUGCCACUACGUGAGAGCUUCCCUGGGCGUUUUCGUCGUGUUAAUUAAAGGAGCUUUCUUUAAGUUAACAACAAAACCAUUUUUAAGUGACAAUACAUAAGUUAAUCGCAGUCAAUUACAUAUGAAAGGAACUGAUCAGUGUGAUGAUCAUAAACAUAACUAACAUUGUAGAACAUGAGUUGAAUGAUUAUAACUGUUUCCAAGCCUAACCAGGCCAAAGAUGGGUUUCAAUUGAACAAGCGUGUGUGCAAUAUUUAUUUUAUUUUUAUUUACUAUCUGACAUGUAAUGUUAUAAAAAUGCACAAAUCAAAUUUAAAAGUAAUUUUAACUAUUUAUUUUAAUGAUGUAAACUUGUAAGUAAUAUAAGUAUAAAAAUGUGUUGAAUAAACUCUAAAGAAUCGUCGAUUUUUAAAUAUUAUAAUCUUUUAAUAAUAAAAAAUAUAAUUCUCAUACUGUUAAACAUCAAAAUAAUAUAUUUGUUAAUAUUAAAGAUCUGUAAGUACAAAAAUUAAUCUUAAAUGUUAUCUUAAAACGCAAAAAUCAUCGAUAGUACAUUUACAGUGAUGUGCGCGCUAAUAACCGGUAAUAUAACGCAAAAGAUGGAAAACGUAUUAAGUUGUGAGAUAAAAAGAAAUGAAAAUAGUAGAGGUGGGAAAUUAUCGGUAUUAACCUAUAUAACAUUACUACUUACGAUAGUUUCGCACCUUUAGACGUUAGAUAAGAGCUAGUUGACUUUAGUCAUAAGUAUGACGUUAACGUGACAUAAUUUUUUUUUUUUUAAAUAAUUUCGACGGAGCUUUUAGAACGAAUAGAAUGAGGAGUUUUUAAGCAAGGCUGUCCAGAAAUAAAUUGAAAUCAAAGAUUAUAAUUAAUGAGUUAAUCAUUUUACUUUAAUUUUUAAAAUAUUUUUAUUUAAAAACUAAUUUAAAAAUUAAACAGACACAGUUUUCCCAUUCCCUCAGGCAAAAAAUAUUCAGCUACUACCUUGUCAUAUUUUAACGUUUAGUUGUGUCAGUCGAAACGAAAAAAAAGCUAACGUCUAAAGGCCGGAAACCAUGGUAAGUGGUCAUGUUUUACAGGUUUAUACCGAUAACUAAUUUCAUAUCUUUUUAUAUUUCACAACGCAUUAUGUUGUCUAUCUUUUUCAUUAUUUUGACGGUUAAUAGCGUGCUCAUCACUGUAUAUUGCUUAAGUAACAAAUGGAAAACAAUGCAAAAUUUGAGAAAAUAAAUGUAUUGAAAAUUUCGAUGUACCAUUACAGUUACAGUUAUAACAAUAAUUGAAUUAUACAGUCAAGAAGAGGCAUGUAUCACUCAUUUCAAGGCACCACUACGGUUCUGGAUGUCACUCAUCAUUCGAUUUGGCAAAGAACUGACCACGUUUUAUAUGUCCCUUUGAGGAAAAUUGUAAGUUCCUCAGUAAGAGCAAUUCGAACCUCUUCACAUGUUGUUGGACCAAGUAUAUGACGUCUUAUAUGCCUUUUAACAAGGUUUCAUAUAUGCUCAAUAGCAUUCAGGUCUGCACUUUGAGCAAUCCAGUCCAUUUUUGGAAUAUCAAUAUCUUCAAGAUAAAAAAUGAAAAAACAAUAUAUUAUGGUAUAUUUUUUUAUUUAAAGAAAAAUUUAAAAAUCAUCCAGAAGGAUUGUAAAUCUUCAAAACGUUUUCGAUCCAGUCGAGCCAUCAUCAAUGAAACAUCUUGAUGGUAGUUGAAACUAGACACAUUUUAAGUUAUACAUAUCUUUAAAUUACAUGAUAACUGAGACAAAAUUUAAAAUUAUAUUAACACGAGGUCGAUGUUAAAGGAUUCACUUUAAAGAAACAUCAUGAAUAUAUGUUUUACCCUUCUAAUUGUCUUCAUUCGCUAGAAAAAUAUCAACUAUGAUGUAAACAAAAUGAAGGAUACAAAAACUGGUCUACCUACAACGUUGCCAAAUGUACAACAACGUGGCUUGCGAAGUAGAGAUGACUUUGACUUGGUUAAUAAUUUCUGGAACGAUGAUGCUUUCUGAAAGUAGUUAACUAAACUACUAAACGAUAUUUGACUUUUUUUAAAUCUCAAACAACAAAAGUAUCUUGCUUUCGACAGGUACUAUAAUUACAUUAAUUAUUGUUGUUGCUGUAAAUAUGUAACAGAUGUCGUAUGUUGGAACUCAAAUAUUAAAAUUGAAAGCAAUCCGUUAUCACGUAAGGCCCUUCAUCACACUGUCAGAACUAACGAAAAACGUUAAAUAAAACUAUUAUAACUAUUUUUCAUUUUAAGAAAAUGCUAUCGAUGAUUGUGACGUGCUCUAUCGAAAUAUCUGCUUUUUAUGUAUUACACCAUUUGAAUCGUUUUGUAAUUUAUCGCUAUCAUCAGUAGCUACAUUCAAUUAAUUUCACCAUCGUUAAUAACCACACAAUUGUAGAUUUUCUAUACUUUGUUAUCAUUGUAUCAUGUAAUUCGGUGUUGCCAAAUGUGCUUUAUGAAGCAGUUUUGUAAUUUUUAAUAUUAUAAAUCUUCCAGUGAUUGCCUAAAAUUAUUUUGCAUAUCGAAGAUAUUCUUGAUUUACACUACUCCAAUAAAUUAACGCAUCAUCUUAAAUUUUAACAUUUUUGAUGUCUUUAAUUUCCUAAACCUGUUGUCCUGAUUUUUUUAAUAUUAUUUAAUAAUAUCGCUGUAAUAAUGUUGUUGCUAGACAGGUAAAUGUCAUUGUAUAUCGGAUGUAACAAUCAUACUGUGUUUUUUUAAGUUCGGAAUACCCUGUGGAAUGUUCUAGCAUUUUAAAAACUCAAUUGUAGCCUUAGGCUUUCUUAACAUUUUGAUUUUUAAUUCAUUCGCUUAUGUUCGAUAAUAAAAGAGAUAUGUACUUAGAGAUAUUACAAAUGAUGUUUGUUAUUUUGGUAUUGAUAAAUAUCAUUCCAAAUCUCGAAAGCUACUGUUUCUACCUCUUGUAAGGUUCUAAUUCUAGGAGGUGACAAACGCUGUCGUAAUCUUCUGCCAAUUAUGUCCUACAAAUGUUCGAUCGGGUUCAAAUCUGGACUAUGCGGUGGCCAAUUCAAAGUCCGAAGAUUUACCUGUUGUAAAUAUUUGGUUACAGUUCGUGCAACGUGAGGUAUUGCAUUAUCGUGGAUUCGCAAAAAAAAAUGUUACCAAUAUAAGGAGCCGAUAGCAUGGUAGCUAAGUCCUUCGUCAUGUAAGGUCACUGGUUGAACACACUCAUUGCUGGUCAAAUUCCUUGUAGCGCGUUCCAUUUCCACCAAACACCAAAAAAAAUUACGGACUUAAUUAAAACUUUAAAUAAUAAAUCUACUAAUUUUCACAACAAAUCAGACACUUUUUGACUGUUAACAAAUUGACAUUUAUCAAAUUAUUAAUUUUUCAUAGCUUGCUUUAGGCUUGUAUAUUAAACUAAGCAGAAAAUGAAGAUAUAUUAAAAAUGAAUAACCAUUUUCAAUUUCGUUGCAAAACGAAAAUACAGCCGAACCAUAUUCUAGUCCAAUCAGAGAGUGCAGCAAGCACCUCUACCGGUUUCGAAACUUAUUAGUCUCUCAUCAGGAGGCACAUAUGCUGCUCUCCCUGAUCCAACCAAAACAAACCCCAGCGUGCAGUCCCGGAUUGCAACGAACGAAAUGGCAUAGAUGCCCUAGCGGCAACUGCUACAACAAGACUAAGUUUUCACUCUAAUGGCAUAUAAAACAACAUAAUGCUAUUCUACACCCCACCAGAAUGAAAACAAUGGGAACCUUCUCUGGUUACACCUCCGAGGCUUCUACAAUAUUCAAGCCAUACGGAUGCUGAGACUAAGGAACAUGAGGGAAUUCUACAAUUUACAAUUCACGUCCCAUCUGCUCAGCGCGGUAAAGUUCCAACGGGAAUGGUUCCCUUCAUACUCCAAUCAGAGUAAAUGUAUAGGGCAUCUAUGCCAUUUCGUUCGUUGCAAUCCGGGACUGCACGCUGGGGUUUGUUUUGGUUGGAUCAGGGAGAGCAGCAUAUGUGCCUCCUGAUGAGAGACUAAUAAGUUUCGAAACCGGUAGAGGUGCUUGCUGCACUCUCUGAUUGGACUAGAAUAUGGUUCGGCUGUAUUUUCGUUUUGCAACGAAUUUGAAAAUGGUUAUUCAUUUUUCAUUUACAUUUACUCUGAUUGGAGUAUGAAGGGAACCAUUCCCGUUGGAACUUUACCGCGCUGAGCAGAUGGGACGUGAAUUGUAAAUUGUAGAAUUCCCUUAUCUUCCUUAGUCUCAGCAUCCGUAUGGCUUGAAUAUUGUAGAAGCCUCGGAGGUGUAACCAGAGAAGGUUCCCAUUGUUUUCAUUCUGGUGGGGUGUAGAAUAGCAUUAUGUUGUUUUAUAUGCCAUUAGAGUGAAAACUUAGUCUUGAAGAUAUAUUGAUGAAAAGCAUGGCUAGUUGUUAAAGUAGCUAACUUUUUUAUUAUCCAACAUAAGCGAAUGAAUGAUAAAACAUAAUGUUAAGAAAAUCUGAGGCUAUAGUUGAGUUUUCAUUUCAGUAUUUUAUAAAUUCUAGAAUAUUCCACAGGGUGUUGCGAACUUUAAAAACAAACACAGUUUGAUUAGUAUACCCGGUAUACAAUGACAACUAACCUGUCUAGCAACAAUUUUAUUAUACCGAUAUUGUUAAAGAAUAAGGUUAUAGAAUAUUAAAAAAAUCACAAAUCGGACAACAGGUUUAGGAAAUUCGAGACAUCAAAUAUGACCAAUUUUUAAGGUGUUGCGUUAAUUUCUUGGAGAAGUGUAUUUGGAUUUGAAGUAACAAAUUAUAGAAUUUAUAAAGUUCACUAUUGGAUUAUAUUCCUGAGUUUCUGCAACGGAUGAUUUCUGUAAUAAAUUACUAAAAUGUCGUUUUUACGUGACUCAUUUGUUAGUUCCGAUCAAAGUUAGAUUCACUUAUACCUAGCUUUUUCAUAAAUGUAACGAAAAAGAAAUUUGGUCGAUAAUUCGGAUAGGUAGGUAAAGAGGACUGAAAAUUAAAUAGACGAAUUAAAAUUUUCCUUGUUUGCAUCAUUUUGAUACCAUUUAAUUUGUAUUCCUUACGAAAUAUUUCUUAAGUCGGAAUGAAAAGUUCUUUCAAUGAUAUUAAUUUUCUUACAUAGUAUUCCAUGAAGGAAAAUUUCACUUUUAAUGUUUACUGAGUCGGCCAGUUUCCCUGAUAAAUGCAUCAAACUGAGAAAAGAAACGUCACUAAAGUGAUAGGAGGUGUUCAUAUAUAUUCCGGAGAAUACGGAAUUACACUUUAGUCCAGGAUUCUUUACCCCUGCGUCAUUAGUACCUGGCGAGAUAAAACACAUACUUUUUAUCUAGCAUCAUUCUCUUCCACUUCUUUCCAAUGGAGCAUUCUCUUCCACUUAGCAUCUUCCAAUGGAGAAACAUUGUUAGGAAUAUUGGAAGAAAUCACGAUCCUCACUAAUGGGGAAACGACAAGAGAGAGAGAGAGAGAUUCUCUUCCACGCAUGAAACUAAAGACAAACCAGCUACCGCCUGUUAUUAAGUAAAAACAUAUGUCUUCAUUUUGUGAACGCUCUAGACUCAGUACGUUGAAAAAAGAUGGGUACAAAAAAAGACGUUUGGGCAUGUUUUCGGAUUAUAAGUACAAUAAUUUGUGACGUUUUGGUUUGUUUACUUUUGUGACUGUCAGUCUGUUGAAUUUUUGCUGUUUUUAUCGAAUUUUUGCAUUUUGACGCUUUUUUAUUACACAAACAGUUGAUUUCACAACUAAUUUUAUAUUGGAGUUUGAAAUUUUAUGUAAGUGAAUUUAUUAUUAAUUUUUACAACAUAAAACUAACCUCAUUCACACAUUUAAGGAAUGGCUGUGUUUACGCUUUCGCCAAAGUGAAUAAAAUUACAAAAAGAAAAUAUGUUAUUGAAUUUUCUUAUAAAUUAUUUAUUUAUUUAUUAAUCGCUAAUGAUAUUAAAAGAAUUUAUUAAGCCACUUCAAAUGUAGCUUUAAUUCUACACCAAAAUUUAAAAGCAAAUCUUACAGUUUUUGACAUUCUAUUUAUUUGAUAACGUCAAAUUUUAUAAUAUGUAUAACCCGUGAUCGGAGCAGUAGCAACUUUCUGUCACUUGCUUUUGCGUUUAGUAAACCGACUUAUUUCAUAUGCUUUAACUGAUGACGCAUGGGUAAAGAACCCUAGACUCAAGUGUAGAUUAACGCCUAAAAACCGUUUGCAAAAAUAUAUUAAAAUUAUUUUAAAAUGUCCAAUUUGAAAAUUGAAGAUUUUUGUGAAUUUUUUUCCUAGCUCAACACUUUCGGUCUUAAGCUCUCAAUGGCUUAUGGAUAAAUUUAAAGGACCCAAAAAUUAAAAUGUCACAAAACAAGAACAAUUUCGCUUAAAUAGUCUUUAUUUCUGACAUUGGUGUAGAGGCCAUAUUACAACAGAUUUAUUGACUCCUAGUCAGAAAUUCUUAAAAAAACAUUUUGUGAAUAAUAUAAUAGAAUUAGUUUCGGGGAUUUUUCCAAGAAGUAAAAUUCGUUGUAUAGUAUGGGACAGAAACUUGAACCCUUACAAGGAAGUAUGAAGAUCAGCUAGGUAUAUAGGGAAAAAAAUUAAAGAGUAUAUUCGAAGAUAACGGAAGGACAAUGAGUAGUCAUGAUAUUUUGAGAACCUGGCCUGCCAACAGAGGUCAAAUCAACCAAGCUAGGAUGAGCAGGUCACAUUUAAUUAAUGCCAGAAGUGCGACCAGUUAAUAAACUCUACCGAGGAACACCGGGAGGCAAAAGACGUUGAGGAAGAUCUCGUAUAUAAUCGGCGGAUUCGAAGAUUUAAUGAAGCUGAGUCUGAAGUUGGCGAAGAGUCGCUCAAGGUCGAUUUGCUUGGAGACAGAUAGUUGGUAAGACCCGGGCUUACCAUGGGCCAUGGAGUACUUACUAAAAAUUGAUAAUAUCUGCGAUGAUAAUCUAAUGCCGAAAGUAUUUGUAGAAAUUUAAUAUUUUAUAAGUUUCAAACACACAUAUUACUUUGCUUUAUCUUUCCAUAAAUUUUCGUCAGUAUCUACCCAAUGCAUAUUUCCUUUCAAUUUUUCAAACAUAGUUUUAUAAUUACAGUUUCUAUUUUAUCAAUAUCAUUCUUAAGAUGGAUCACUAGACGACAUCUAAUGUGUUUAAUUACACUCCAUAUAUUAAGUGAAAUUUAAGUUAUUCUUUUCUUUUGUAUUAUUUGUUUUGUUCAAACGGCAACUUUACUUAAUGAAAAAUUUAUAAAACUGCUAAUCAUCACAUUUUUUACAUGAAAUGGUUUAGUUAUAUCGCUUAUGCUAGUCAUUUAUAAUAAUAUUGUUUAUAAUAAAUUGUCAAAAAACUAAA